AUGGACAACUCCACCUUACCUGGCUUAGAGGCAGCAACUGCAAGUGGGGAUGCUGUUAACCCUUUAGGGAGCUCCAAUGGCAGCUUGUCCGAAACCAGUGCCUGGGGCAUCAGUGGCAGUGGUCCGUGGCUGUUGGCGUGCAUGUUAACCCUCAUCAUCCUGAUGACGGCUUGUGGCAACACUCUGUUGAUCGCUCUGGUGUUUGCCCAACGCUCCUUACGCAACACCUCCAACUGUUUCCUGGUGUCUCUCUUCCUGUCUGACCUGAUGGUGGCUCUGGUGGUGAUGCCGCCGGCAAUGCUCAAUGUGCUGUACGGGGCCUGGGUGUUGUGGCCGGGCUUCUGCCCCGUGUGGCUCUGCUUCGACGUCAUGUGCUGUAGUGCCUCCAUUCUCAACCUGUGUGUGAUCAGCCUGGACCGCUACCUCCUCAUCAUCUCGCCGCUGCGCUACAAGCAGAGGAUGACCCCUCCACGGGCCCUGCUUCUGGUGGGAGGGGCCUGGGGUCUGGCCGCCCUCACCUCCUUCUUGCCCAUCAAGAUGAACUGGCACAGCUUGGAGCUGAGCUUGUGGUACCACGCCUCCUACUUCCAGCUGUCGCAGUCCAGUGGCCUGUCCUUCCAAUGCUGUCUGCGGGUUACCUUUCCUUUUGCCCUGGUGGCAUCCAUCCUCACCUUCUUCCUGCCAUCCAGUGCCAUCUGCUUCACCUACUGUCAGAUUCUCCUGGCGGCGCGGAGACAGGCGAGGCGGGUGGCGGCGCUAAGUCAACCUCCGUACCCGCACCAUUCGCCUGGGGAGCCUUCUCACCCUCCCGAGCGGCGGCUGGCCCACCGGCAGGGACGAAGGGCAGUGAAGGCCAGUCUGACCCUGGGAGUCCUGCUGGGCCUCUUCUUCAGCGCCUGGCUGCCCUUCUUCAUCACCAACAUGGCCCAGGCGGUAUGCGAGUGUGUUCCCCCGGCGCUCUUUGACACCAUCACCUGGCUGGGCUACUGUAACAGCACCAUGAACCCCAUCAUCUACCCGCUGUUCAUGCGUGACUUCAAACAGGCCCUGGGGAGGCUGCUGCCCUGCUGCUCCACCCACUCACCCCGCAGACCCUCACUGGCGCUCUCCCUCUCCCUCCGCAACUCUGGCGAGCCCAACUUGCCCACGGAGCCCCCUUCCCUGGCCUCCGACCCCCCACAGCCCCCCGCCACCGCCACAGACGCCGUCAACCUGUUUGACGACGACCACGCUGGGAUUGAGCUGCCUCUGCUGUUGCCCAAUCAGGUGGACACGCUGGACUGA